CUGGCCGGGGUAUAAAGCAGGGGGAGAGCAGCCACCCAGCACACACCUCUCAGACCCAGCUCCUCCUCCCUGGUGACUGAAAGCAGUGGGCUUUUCUCUCUCUCCCUCGCCAUGGCCACCACCACCACCAUCCGCCAGUACACCACCUCCAGCUCCAUCAAGGGCUCCUCUGGCCUUGGGGGGGGCUCCUCCAGAGCCUCCUGCCGGGCCCCAGGCAGCAGCUUUGGUUCUGUCUCCUCCUCCAGACUGGUCUCCGGAGGAGGUCUAGGGGGAGGUUACGGAGGCAGCUGCUACUCUGGCAAUUACAGCUUCGGCAGCGGGCUGGGGGGCAGCUAUGGGAGCAGCUUCGGGAGUGUGGACGGCCUCCUGGCUGGGGGGGAGAAGGCCACCAUGCAGAACCUCAACGACCGCCUGGCCUCCUACCUGGACAAGGUGAGGGCCCUGGAGGAAGCCAACACUGACCUGGAGCUGAAGAUCCGGGACUGGUACCAGAAGCAGGCCCCUGGGCCUGCCAAGGACUACAGUGGCUACUACCAGACCAUCGAGGACCUGAAGAACAAGAUCCUCACGGCCACUGUGGACAAUGCCAACAUCCUUCUGCAGAUUGAUAACGCCCGCCUGGCUGCUGAUGACUUCCGAACCAAGUAUGAGACAGAGCUGGCCCUGCGCACCAGUGUGGAGGCUGACAUCAAUGGCCUGCGCAGGGUGCUGGAUGAGCUGACCCUGUCCAGGGCUGACCUGGAGAUGCAGAUUGAAAACCUGAAGGAGGAGCUGGCUUACCUUAAGAAGAAUCAUGAUGAGGAGAUGAAUGCCCUUAGAGGCCAGGUGAGUGGAGAGAUCAAUGUGGAGAUGGAUGCAGCACCUGGAGUGGACCUGAGCCGAACCCUGGCUGAGAUGCGUGACCAGUAUGAGAAGAUGGCAGAGAAGAACCGCAAGGAUGCUGAAGACUGGUUCUUCAGCAAGACUGAAGAAUUGAACCGAGAAGUAGCCACCAACAGUGAACUCCUACAGAGUGGCAAGAGUGAGAUCUCUGAGCUCCGCCGCAGUGUUCAAGCCCUGGAGAUUGAGCUGCAGUCCCAGCUCAGCAUGAAAGCCUCCCUGGAGGGCAGUCUGGCUGAGACAGAGAGCCGCUACUGUGUCCAGCUGUCCCAGAUCCAGGGGCUCAUCAGCAGUGUGGAGGAGCAGCUGGCUCAGCUCCGCUGUGAGAUGGAGCAGCAAAACCAAGAGUACAAGGUCCUCUUGGAUGUGAAGACUCGGCUGGAGCAGGAGAUUGCCACCUACCGCCGUCUGCUGGAGGGAGAGGAUGCCCACCUGUCUCAGUACAAACCUAAAGAACCUAUGACUACUCGCCAGGUCCGCACCAUUGUGGAGGAGGUGCAAGAUGGCAAGGUCAUCUCUUCCAGGGAGCAGGUUCACCAGUCUACCCGCUAAGGGAGAUCUACUGGCCUGAGGGAGCCCAUUGGUCCAAGGGAGAAGCAAGAGGAAAGAUGCUUUUUAGUGACCUCCUUUGGGACCCUGCUUAUGUCUCUCCCUCCUUUUGUAGCUUUUUCCCCUAGCUUCAGUCCAUGCCCCAUGCUCUUUUAGCUUCCUACCCUUCCCAAUUAAUAAAGCUUGUUGAUUCAGAGAU